ACCCUCCUAUAAGAGGGCGCUGCGGAGGGGACUGCCGCAGCCGCAGCUCCGUGCCGAGCCGAAGCCCGCCGCACCGAGCCACCGGGAGAGCCCGGACCCCCCAGCCGCAGCAUGCGUGAGUGCAUCUCCGUCCACGUCGGCCAGGCCGGCGUCCAGAUGGGCAACACCUGCUGGGAGCUCUACUGCCUGGAGCACGGCAUCCAGCCUGAUGGGCAGAUGCCCAGUGACAAAACCAUUGGUGGAGGAGACGACUCCUUCACCACGUUCUUCUGCGAGACCGGGGCUGGGAAGCAUGUCCCACGGGCCAUCUUUGUGGACCUGGAGCCUACGGUGAUCGAUGAGGUUCGGGGAGGAGUCUAUCGCCAGCUCUUCCACCCUGAGCAGCUGAUCACUGGCAAAGAGGAUGCUGCCAACAACUAUGCCCGUGGGCACUACACCAUUGGCAAAGAGAUCAUCGACCAAGUGCUGGACAGGAUCCGGAAGCUGGCUGACCAGUGCACAGGCCUCCAGGGGUUCCUUGUGUUUCACAGCUUUGGAGGAGGCACCGGCUCUGGAUUCACCUCUCUGCUGAUGGAGCGGCUCUCUGUUGACUACGGCAAGAAGUCCAAGCUGGAGUUCUCCAUCUACCCUGCACCGCAGGUCUCUACUGCUGUGGUAGAACCUUAUAACUCUAUUCUCACCACACACACAACCUUGGAGCACUCAGACUGUGCCUUCAUGGUGGACAAUGAAGCCAUCUAUGACAUCUGCCGCAGGAACCUGGACAUCGAGCGCCCCACCUACACCAACCUGAACAGACUCAUCAGCCAGAUUGUCUCAUCCAUCACAGCAUCGCUGCGGUUCGAUGGGGCCCUGAAUGUCGACCUGACUGAGUUCCAGACCAACCUGGUGCCCUACCCUCGGAUCCACUUCCCUCUGGCUACCUACGCGCCUGUCAUCUCUGCAGAGAAGGCUUACCACGAGCAGCUGUCGGUGGCUGAGAUCACCAACUCCUGCUUUGAGCCAGCCAACCAGAUGGUGAAGUGCGACCCUCGGCACGGCAAGUACAUGGCCUGCUGCCUGCUGUACCGCGGGGACGUGGUGCCCAAGGACGUCAACGCUGCCAUCGCCACCAUCAAGACCAAGCGCAGCAUCCAGUUUGUGGACUGGUGCCCCACGGGCUUCAAGGUGGGCAUCAACUACCAGCCACCCACGGUGGUGCCAGGGGGAGACCUGGCCAAGGUGCAGCGAGCCGUCUGCAUGCUGAGCAACACCACAGCCAUCGCCGAGGCCUGGGCUCGCCUGGACCACAAGUUUGACCUGAUGUACGCCAAGAGAGCCUUUGUGCACUGGUACGUGGGGGAGGGCAUGGAGGAGGGGGAGUUCUCGGAGGCACGGGAAGACAUGGCCGCUCUGGAGAAGGAUUACGAGGAGGUGGGCCUGGACUCCUACGAGGAUGAAGAGGAGGGUGAAGAGUAGAGGAGCACCUGGCCAACAGGCCUGUGCUUCUUGCCGUGUUAGCUGCAGGAACCCUUUGCAAUAAACCUUUCAGAGCCUCUGUGUCUCCCACUAGCCCCCCCCAGCCGCAUCGGUUUGUUGUCAGGUCAGGUGUGUGAUGAGUGCUUCAGCUCUGCUGCUGUGCUUCCUCCCUGUGCUCUGCUCCAGCUCCAGCUUCUUCCCCAUGCAGGUAAGAGCCCCUGGGCUCGCUCCCUUGGGCCGUGGCACACAUCUCACCCAAUUGCUGCUCCAGUUUGUAGUGGGUACUGCUUCCUUGUUUGGUGUAUGGCCCUGUGUUGUAUGGCCCCAUGUUGCAUCCUGGAGCUCAGGGGAGUGGGUUUAGUCUGAGCAGGCAGAGAUGAGUGGCUGUUGAGACUUCUGCCCACAGGCAGGGUGGGCAGGCUGUCCGGAGGGGUAGCGGUUGGCGCAGCCUUGCACCCCUGUCCCUGUGGCCAGCGUGCAGGACAAGGGCCGUGCUUGGCUCUGUGGUGCAACGGCUGCACCCCACAUGGCAUGAACCCCUGUGGCUGCUUAGCUGCUGCACUGUGGUGAGACAAUUAAAGGAGGGAAACACUCCCUGUGAAA